GUCCAUCCCCGGGAGACGGUUCCACUAGUCGAGAGGUGGGGAAAGGAUUCCUCGUCUCGCUCUCGCGACUCAGAGGCGGUGACACUCGGAGCGACAGCUCCGGUCCCGACGCCUCCCCACCUCCGGCGACCGCAGUGGAUCUCUCCCUGAGCGCAUCGUCCAAGACCCUCCCCGAUAGCAUCGUUUCUCUCCUCUGCCAUCUAUCCCCUCUCUGGCGGUUGUCUUUCUCCUCCCAAGAUCUGCUCAGGCGUACAUCUUCAGUUCACUCCGGCGAAGACGACGGCCGGUGGUCGUGGUUCUCUUUGUCCUCCGUCAACGUAGUUGUAGCCUGCUGCAAUGACAGUCCAGCUGGCAGAGGGGCAUAUAGUUCAUUUCACAUCAGAACAGUGCCGUCUGUUAAGAAUUGUAACAAACAACCCGCAGGAUUACUGUUCGUGGCGUGCACUAGUUGAUACUGUUGCAGAUGAAGUUAGUGAUGCUGAUGGAAAGGGGAAGAGGCAAAUGAAAUUAUAUGUGGUUUUCUAUCUGCUCCGCAUGGAGUUCCCCUGUAACUACACCGAUUUUGAUGAAUUUGCAAAGCUCAAUAGCGAGUUCGUGGUAGGAGAUGAUAUGCUGGAAAAGUAUCACAACGAUGCUGUUGAUACUUUACACUCAUUAGAGCGUUGGGAAAGAUUCUGCGAUCUUGCCUUAUUAAGAGAACAUGAGUCAACCAGCGGGUUCUUUGAAGAAGCAAUCCGGCAUGUCGGAUCAUAUUAUCAGUCAGAUAACCUUUGGCGCUCAUAUAUAGAGUAUGAAACAAGAAACGAGAAUUUGAUUACCGUUGGUCAAUUAUACACAUCUCUGCUUUCUUGUCCUGUUCGUGGGAUUGAAACUUUUUUCGCCCAAUUCAAGAUAUUCGUUGAGAAACAUUCGCUUAUGGAGAUUCUUUCUUCUAGCGAGUUCUCAAAGUUCAAUGAAAAAUCAGAAUAUAUUGAAUCAAGGGAGGCACUAUUCCGCAGUUCAGAACAACAGUUACUCGAAACUAAAAUAUUUGAAGACCUUAUUGUACCUGAUUCAGAAGCAGAGACUUUGGAUGAACAAAUAACUUCCAACUGGUUUUCAUAUUUAAAUUUCCUGAAAGAAAAAGGCAAUCGUCCCAAGAUUCUCCCUGUUUUGCAAUAUUCCCAGGUGAUUGCUCUAUAUAACAGAGCUUCAUGUCAAUUGCAUAGUUAUCCAGAUUUUUGGAUAAGCUAUGUGGAAUAUUUGAUGAGCUUAGGAGAGAAGAAAAUGGCUACAGAGCAACUAGAUUUUGCCAUUAAGUAUCCUCUUAAGAGAAAUGUCUCUUUGCAACUGUAUAGUGCUAAAUUUGGGAUUGCUAAUAAUGAUCUGGACAGAGCACGCAAUGCUUAUGUGCUGACUCAUUCGAUUCUCUCUCCGAACCACCCUGGAGCUAUUGAAGGCCAUGCCUUGAUAGAACUACGCAGGAAAUGUGAUGGCAGCCAGAUUUUCAAGAACGCAAUUGAAUCUGAGAAGAAGAAAGGCAACACUGAACUUUUGCCAAAUCUUUUAAUUAGAUAUGGGUAUUUUGCACUUUCGGCUGGUAUUCGUGUUAGCUUUGAUGAAGUUAUCGGAGAACUCUCUGUUCUGGAUAAUUUAUCAUCAGCAACCAUUCUAUCGGCAAUUUCUCUGUGUUCCUUUAAUGGGUUCAAAGCUGCAGAUCAAAUUUCAAAACUAGAUGGAAUGGUGGACACUUUUAUUCAUAAUAGGCCUUUGACCAAUCAGGAGAAAAAAAAAGCAUUGUCCUCUUCUUACUUAGAGUUUCUCCACACUAAUGGGCACACCUCUUUCCUCGAGAAGGCCACUUCAAGGCACGAACUUAUCGUUUCACAAAAUGGAGGUUCUGAAAAAGAUUCUCUAAAGAUAAGAAAGAUGUGUCACCAAGAUGCUGGGUUGAUCGAUGAUGAUCUUACUGUUCUUGAUCUUAAUCAGUUUUUGAACACUUUUGUCCUUGUCAAAGAUUCUGAUUAUUCGACUCAAUUGGGGCAGUUUAAAAUAACAAAGGUGUUACCCAUUGGUACACGCUUGCUUGCUGCAAUUGUCAAGGCAAAGCUGAAAAGGCACAGGCGCUUACGCAGCUGGGGGGGACAGCUGGACGCGAAGGACAUAUUUAUCAUGUAUGAUGGAUCUGAAUUAUCUGCCAUACUCUGCAGCAUUAGAAAAGAUUGUUCCUCUGAUCUCUCACAUGCUAACUUUCUGCUGGACUGGAUUGCUGUGAAGAAGUGUCUUACUCCUGCUUUUACUUCAAAGCAGACUGGUUUCCUGCCACGCUACUUUGUAGACUUCUUUGAGAGGUUGAUAGAAAGAGUUCCUGCAAAUCUGUUAUCCCAUAUUGAGUCCAGAGAGCUGUAUUUUUUCCAGAUAAGUUGUAGUAUGUUCCUUUCAACACCAGGUGCCAGGUCGAAGUUUGUUUGUGAUCUCUACAAGUGCUUCCGCGAUGUAUUUUACAAAAGUGAGGCGCAGUUUAAUUCCAUAUUUGAUACUGCUAAAAUGUCAAAUCUGGGUCCAGCUAGUGUCUCUCAUCAUCCAGUAUUACAGAGAGUGGUAAAUCAUGGUCAGAGGGUUGAUUUUGAACCUCGCAAUAUAGAGGUAUCUACUCCGUCGAAACUGGUUUCAGAGAACCGGCAUCUUGAUGCUCACGGAUCAGAAGCGGCCAAGUCUAUAGGAAAACCAAUUAAAAGGUUAGAAGAACUUGUGGAUAUCUUCGAUCAGAGUAGCGGCACCGACUUCUGUGGUAUAGUUUGGGACCUUUGUCGAAACAUACAUCGUGAUGAGAUGCUAGAAGAGGCAUGUGUUGCAUUUUCAAGCAAUGUUGUAGAGCCGCCAAGAUCAAAUCCAUUUCUGCCACAUUUACAACCCAAGCCGAGACCUGGCAUCACUGAGAGUGGCUGCUUGGUGACGGCAGAGCUGUGCCACCAGAGAAACAAGAAUGUCAGUUGUGUGCUGUGGUUUGGAAAUGUUGAUUUCUCGGGGAAUGAAGUCAACAUAUUUCACGAGCUCUCUUCAUUUGGCAAGGUAAAAACUCUAAGGUUGAGAAGAAACGUUCUUACUGGUCUUCCUGAGGGUGAUGGUUUCGUUGAAUUCAACUCACACAAAGAAGCUCAAAAUGUUUUGCGGAACUGGAAUCAAAGGAAGGAUACCAAGCCUUGGGUAAUGGAAUGGGCUACAUUUAGCUGCAGCAGGGGUUGCUUUGAGUCUAAGCAGGGGAAGUGUAUACUAGUGCAUAAUCUUAGAACAGAAGUCAAUGAUUAUAUUCUGCAAGAGAAAUUCCGUCAGUAUCCAUCUUUCGCUGGGGCGGUGGUGGCUAGGGAUUUGAAGACCGGCUUGUCUCAGGGUUACGGAUUUGUGAAGUUCUCCAAUGAAGCUGAUCACAUAAGUGCACUAGGGGCAGAGAAUAAUAAAGAGUGCUUAGGAAUGCCCAUGAUAGUAGUCGAUCAUAAGCCAAGAGUUGGUUUUGUAUCGACGUGCGCAAUUGUUGACAAACGGCCAGAUCUCAAUCAUUGGGUUGGUUCCUAUCAACAUGCGCAUGUCCAGUCAUAUGGUUGUGAUGGUGGUCAUGAUAAUUUUCUCAAGAAGAUUGAUGGUCUUGACAGUCAUGUUCAUGUCAUGGAGGGAUCUUAUGAGCAAACAAGUGUGGAGAAGAUGAAUCAGGCUUAUGUUACUGGCCCCGGUAGAGCUGUACUAGGAUGGGAGAUGAAGCUCAAAUCCUAGUAAACUAGGAUGAACCAGUCUUAUGUUACUGGCCCUGGUAGAGCUGUACUAGGAUGGGAGAUGAAGCUCAAAUCCUAGUAAACUAGGUUAACUUUCCGCUCAUAAUGUCACUUUUGGUUUGCUCUUCUCACUUGCUAGUAAGAUGCAAAUCGCUGUGUUUGUUUUGAUGUGGCGCAGUUGAGUCGCUUAAUCAUAAAACCAUGCUCUAACCUGACUGUAAUUGACGUACAGCAUCAGAUGAGAUUUGUCGUUUCUAACGAACCUGAUAUUUUUUCUGUGGAAGAAAUGAGAAGUUAAAGUUUAGUUUGGUGUGUU